GUUGACGACGACAUGCCACCCGGAGGUCCUUCCUAAAACGAUCGGGCUUUUUUUUUCCAAUCAACGCAUGCAGUUUAUGUGAGUUAUAAUUUUUUGGACCUUUAUUCUUUCAAUUGUGAAAGUAAGAAAAAGAAUGAUCCGCCAGUUGCAUCUUUUUUCUUCAGAGGAAGCAAAAUAUUGGUCUGAAGACUCAUCUACUUGAUAGAUCCAUGGCUAUCUACAAUCUAGUCAUUUUUCCUGCCCUUGCAGCGUCACUCAUGCUCAUCACAGAAUUGAAUUAGAGAUAAAAGCACAAAAAUCUUUAGUCUUGAAAGAAGACGGACAAAUAUGAUUUCGUGGCGAAGAUCUUCUCUAAAUUAAUAACUUUUGAUGUUGCAGAUGCAGUUACAGUACGAGUCCAACGGGAUCUUACUCUCGUGAGGCUAUACAUUCAUAAGCUCCGCCCGAUCGGAGGUCAUAUUAAGUAGUUUUAUUCUGCGGCUUUUAUGGUGAAAAAUUACGUCAGUCAAAAGCCCAUGCCCGAUCAAAACUUCUAGUAGCUAGUGGAGAUGUGUGAAAAGAGUGAGUGAGAAUCCCCGAUUUUUCGUUUUUUUUUUGAGCUAAAAAGACAAGAUAUCAGACGUUGGUAAGAAUCAUUCGUGCAAGCACUGACAGUUGUUGAACGAUCAGAUUUGUUUGCUCAUGAUUUUGAGUCUUAAUAAGGUAUCGCAAUAAUUUCGUAAAUUUCGUAGUUGCACUAGAAACCUGCAUUUUGUAUGACUUACGAAUCCGAGCUUGAUAAAAAAUUGAUUUCCUGCUCCGUCAAAACUGACUAGCCCCCUGGAGAGGUUCCCCAGGGAGAGGAGUCGAAGGGAAGACGAGACACCCGCUAGAGGGUGAACGUCGAGGGCAUGCAAAGAAGUGCCCUAACUUUCAAAAUUCAUGUAUUAACUUUCAAAAUUCAUGCCCUAACUUUCAAAAUUCAUGUCCUAACUUUCAAAAUUCAUGCCCUAACUUUCAAAAUUCAUGUCCUAACUUUCAGAAUUCAUGUCCCAAAACGUAAGCACCGAACUCAAAACGUAAAUUCAAAAUGUAAGCUCAAAACUCAAAAUGUAAGCUCAAAAUAUAAAAAGAAAAAUCAAAAUUCAAAAUGUAAAUUCAAAAUUCAAAAAGAGAAUUCAAAAUCAAAAAAGAAAAAUCAAAAUCAAAAAAGAAAAAUCAAAAUCAAAAAAAAAAAAUCAAAAUCAAAAAAGAAAAAUCAAAAUCAAAAAAGAAAAAUCAAAAAAGAAAAAUCAAAAUCAAAAAUAAGAAAAGAAAACAAAGGCAAAACUUUAUAAGUAAAUAGAUUUUUUUGAGACCCACAUAACUAAGCUGCAAGGGAUUUUCAAUCUCUUAGCAGUACAUCUAAAUAUUGAUCUAACUUUUUUCUUCAUGUUCGUGAGCAUAUUUGAAUUUAUUUUUUUGUAUUGAUUGUUGUAGAUAAGAUAAAAUGAACCUAUCUAUGGUUUUUUAACAACGAACAUGAUGUGAACGCUUGUAACAGAAUGGUUCAUGACUUUUCCUGUUGAUGAUCUAGUACGGAGCAACAGCAUGGAGAGGCAGGCUACCACACUAGUGUCACAAGCCCCAGAAAGCAGGAGGUAGUCAAAAUAUGGCUUCUUUGUCAUCCUUGUUUUCGAGAAGUGAGGAGGGCUUCAGCGUAAAGGUGCUUACAGGUGUUGGCUGUGCCUUGUUUGCAGCCGCAGCAGUGCUCAUAGCGCAUUGGGAGGAUGCUGCGACCAGGGAGGAGGAGCCACAGCGGCGGCGAAAGCCAGUAGAUUUCCGACAAUUCACAGAUGCCACUUUCGUGGCGCCACAAAGUGAAAACGCAUUUUCGGAAAACCCCAAAAGCGAAGCUCACCAAGAGGGCACCAUGAAGGAUAAUGCUUUCGAGUCUUCACUUUUACGCCGCUACAACAAAUUGACAAUGCAUUUGGAUUUUUGUUUUUUAGACAGGUACAGGUUAUAAUUACAAACAUGCUUUUGGACACUUAUAUUUUUCUCUACUUGUUGUUCCAGAGAAAGGAACGGAAUCCAUGAGACGUUCUGUGUAAUACGAUUUCAUUAGGUAGUUAGUUUUCUUUGCUGUCUCACUCUCAUAUAUGAAAAGUAAAUUACCCCAUCAGAAAAGUGAAGUAGACCUCAUCUAACGCUUUUGCUGCCUUGGCAAGGAGAAGAUCAGGAAUUUCCCGAUUCACAAGGCUUCGACCCUGCAGCAGUACAGGACACAAUGUUUUUGGGUGGUUGUUUAUGUCCACAUGUGGGACAGAGCAGUGGCGGUGGAUCGAUUGAGAUGAACGCAGGCAGCGGAAAUUUGGCAUCUGCGGCAAGAGCAUCUCUCGUCAAGGAGGGAGGUGCAUGCGAUGGUACGCCGUCGACAAGAGCAUCCUUGCUCCACAAUGGUGGCACACCAGGAUCCCCGCGAACCAGCCACGGACCCGAGGGGCGACCCGAGUCCGACUGUAGCACAAAACGUAUGAAGAAGGGCUUGUGACUACACAUCAAACACAAAUAAUGAAUAGAUAAGAAUAUUCAUCAUGUUGUCGCAAUCACUGGUUCCUGGUGUCGUUGGCGUAGGUAACCGUAAUCAAAUUGCAAGCAGGCGAAUUCAUUUGAUGACGGAUUCAAUGGGUAAUUGCUUGUUCAGUUUGCUUUGUUUUCACACCUAUCGAGCGGCUAGUACUUCUAAUGCUGCCUGAGCUUCUUGACUGACAUAAAUGAUAAAUGUCGAAGAUUAUAUUGCUACUCGAAAACAUAAACAUCUUUCUAGAUAUGAGAACAUCAACAUUUGAAUUAUGCGCUUUCAUUCUCGUACGACGAGCAGGGCCGAUAUAUCGCCAGGUUUUUACACCGACACAAGACUACCAGGUGGUGCCGGAGGGAGCAGUGGUGCCAGCUGGGCUGGACAUCCGCAUGAAUUUCGAAGCGGGUACCACGGAAGCGCGACUCCCUGGAGGAGGGUGAAACAACUACCCAAUGCUCUUGUCGGGAAGGAAUUGGUUUUAACUAAGGAGCAUCAAGUAGAGCUUACUUGAACCAAAGACGCUGUGAGAGGGACUUCAGUCAUUUUCAUUCCACUACAUCAUACUUUGAAUUUCAAACCCUGAAAAAACUUGGUUACCUCGUUACCCCACAUACUUCUCCCACGACUUUAUGGUUCCUUCACAUGAUUUUCGUUAGUACUUCACCUAGCGUGCUCGUGGCCAUGAUAGAAGCAGAUGCUCACUGUCAAUUAGUAGUAGAUGAAGUACAUGUUCGUGGUCGAGGUCAACGAUCAAUAGAGAGGAUUGAUUCUAUUCUUAUAUAGAGCAGCAGCAAAAUUGCAAUAACAUCGAUUCUCUACUUUGACGUGGUUUCGAUCAUGAUGAGCUUCAUCAACCUGUUGCAGAUGACUCUUGUAAAACUGAAUGUUACUGUACUUGAAUUGCUCGCUCGGCUCGGUGUCAGUAUUUCAUACGAGAGCCAGCGGCAAGGCAACCAUCCAUGUAAGUAAAAGUGCAAAGUCUGUUGAGUAUCAAUUGAUAAUAUUCUUUGUUGAAAACUGUACGCAUUCGAGUAAAAACUACAACUAGUACAAUAUUUCUUUCCAUUCCGUGCUUGUAGUACUUUAGCUGAUGUCAACGUUAAGUUAUAUUUCACACAGGAGGUUGUGGUCCGUCGUUCUUCUUCAUUGACUAGUGCCUCGCAUACUUCGAUCUUUCUCCUGAGAUCUCUCCCCGGAUGAUAUUGAUCAAGCGCUGAAUCAAUGACAAUUAUCCUUCAUCCUCUUGUGCGCCGCUCCUUCUUCACAAGCGGAAGCGAGUCACAUUUAUAACAUUACUUCCUUGUAAUGAGUAUGAGUAUGUGUCCACCACCAGUGAGACGUUCAUCCAGCUGCUGCUAGGUCCUCGUAAGUCUUUCCAUCCAGUGUAGUGUAACCCAUUAUUAUCGGCAGGCUCGAUCGCGCAAUCGAACCGUCGGAAAAGUCACGCCUCCUUGCAGUAGUUAUUUCGUAAGCCUGAUCUUAUAGAGACCACCUUCGCAGCCAAAAGAGAUUUUCUCUUGACAGGAAACACAAACAUGAAAAAAGAAACCACAGAUCAUAUACAUAGCUUCCAGCCGAUGUGGAAUUUUUUAUUGAAUCCAUUUUGAAAUUGAAGUGGUUCAACGGCUCCGAAAGAAUGGGAAUGAACGAUGAUCACGCG